AUGCCAAUUAAUCUUGAGUCUGAUAUUAUUCAAUUUCUCAAGAAUUCGGAUGUUUCUCAAGAAAAUGAAGAUCAUUGCCGUUUUUAUUUCUUGGAUGCGAUGUUUAAGACAGGUAGAUUAUUGUUUUAUCGUGUCGAUGAUACGCAAGAAGGAUGGCGUCGAGCCAUAUUCACCAGUAUGGCUUUAUUAUCUGAUCGAAUAUCAACUAUUGAAAUUAUCCAAAAAUCUAUGCAAGUUGAUUUAAAUGAUGUUCUAAAUAAAACAAAAUCUCAAAUGCGAUCGAUUGAUAAAAUUCAUCCAUCAUUAGAUAGUAUUAAGAAAAAUGAAAAAGUUAUGAGUAUAAAAAUAAAUAAUCUUGAAAAAAACAUCAAUAAUAAGAUUGAUCAAACGCAAGAAACCACAAAAAAAUGA